AUGGUCACCACCUCUUUUAUUGCCUCUGCCGCUGCGGUCACUGGGUACUGGGUGGUUCAUGCCGCAGCCGCCUCAUCCGGGGUUUUCGAAGUCCCGUUGGAGUUGCGUAAUGUCUAUCCGGCCGCCAACUUCAACCGAAAUGUGUCGACACGAUACUGGCAGACGACUGUUCUGGACGGGCACUCGAACGAGGACUCCUUGGCACUCUCCCAGAACCUAACCGAUGCAUCUUUCAUCGUACUGGACCAAGGCAUGUAUGAGCUCAUUGGAAUUGAUGGGAAGAAUGGGUGUGCGCCUUCCGUGGAACCUAUCUUCGACUUCCCCCCUGGACCGUCUUACACCAAUCGCCUCACUCAUGAUGGCAUAGCCUACUCUCCAGAGUGUAACUGUAUAUUCCUGGGAGAGCUAUACCCUCCAAACGAAGGUUUCUCCAUGAUUCCCAUCCCGUGGAUUUGGCGCAUCAACCUCAACAGCAAUCCGCCAAAGACGGAGCAGGUUAACCCGUCGCCCCCGCUCACCCUCGCCAACGGGGCAACCUAUCACAAGGGAAGCAUCUACUUCAUCCAGGAGGGAAAUAGAACGGUACCUGGAGGAAUUGUCAAGAUGGACCCCUUGACACUGAAGACUGAGGUGGUUCUCAACAACUGGUUUGGCCACCGGUUCAACAGCCCCAAUGAUAUCGUCAUCGACAACGACGACGUUGCUUACUUUACCGACGGCUACUACGGGUAUGACACGUUCAAGACAACGCUGAAGCCUGAGCUCGCCAACGGAGUGUGGCGCUUUGAGAUGAAGACCGGCAACCUGCGUCAGUUUACUGGCGCCGGAGGCGGCCCAUUCACCAAUCCCAACGGCGUGGCCCUGAAUGCCAAGCAGGACAAGCUGUACAUUACGAACCGUGGCUUGACCUCCAAUGACCCUGCUGGCGGUCGCACGAUUUACGAGUUCAACGUGAAUAACAAGGAGGGCAUCCCCGUAACUGGACCCACCGUGUUUUCGUACCAAGACUCGGGUUUCCCGGACGGUAUCAAGACGGACAGCGCCGGCAGGGUGUAUGCAAGCGCCAACGGCGGCGUGAACGUGUGGGACAAGACUGGCAGGCAACUUGGCAUAAUCAAGGUCCAAACGGGAGAUGACUCAGUCCAGAUGCAGUUCGUUGGGAAUGAUCUGUACAUUGCUGGCCGAGAGCAUCUCUACCGGGUUCACCUGAACGCCACCGGUAGCCAGGUAUAUUGA